UGUUUGUUUAUAGUAAAAAUAUAGUAGAAAUUACUUGGACAUGUUUAAUCCCGAGUGAUGGUCAGUUUUGAACGCAGGGUUCCUUAGAUCUUGCCCUGGAGGGCCAGUGCACUGCAGAGUUGAGCUCCAGCCCUGAUCAAACUCCUCUACCUGGGAUUUCCUCAUGAUCCUGAAGACAUUGAUUAGCACGCUCAAGUGUGUUGGAGCUUAGGUUAGAGCUAAACUCUGCAGGAAAGUGGAUCUCGUGAGCCCAAUUUGGGGAUCCCUGCUUUAACAUGUAAAGGAAAUAAGCAAAUAUUUAAUCUUAAAGAUUCAGAUUGGCUCGUUUAGCUGAAUCGGGAAGUAGAAAUGGUGUCUCGUGAGAUAAAAUUGAGAUUGUGAUCAGAUAUAGAAAUCGCUUUGGACUUCCAGGACUUUUUUUAGAUGCUGGUCCUUCUGGUAAUGGCAAUAAAAUAUCCCAAUAAAUCUUGUCAUGUGAGACUCUCACUUAAAGAUCCUCCUGCUUGCGUUUAUGAGUUAAUGACCAGCUUUGUUCUCAUCCUGGAUGUUUCCUCAUCUGUUGGAGGCGUCAGAACAUAAACUGUAACACACACAGAGACACACACACACACACACUGUCCAGCUGAGACUGAGGAAGUUCAGCUCUGACUGGAGUUUCGAAACGUAAACAAAAGCCUUCCAUCGUUAGCAGGCUGCUGUUGGUUUAAUCUCUACAGAAAACAUUUUAAACUGAUUCUCAUUACCUCAGGAGAUCCUCUGAAAGUCGCUGACCGUCUCAUCAGUAAGAUGGACACCCAGUUACCGCUGAUCUUUCGCGUUUUCCAGAUUGUUAUCCCGACGUUUGCUGUGAUUAUACUCUGCACUGGUUUGUGUAAAUGUUAUCUGCAUAGUCGGCGGCGUAGGCACGAACGGAGGCAGCUGGCAGCAGCGUCGGCUCAUGCUCUAGAGCCUCCGUCGUCCGUCUACAUCAUCCCCUGUUCACUGCGUGAAGAACAACAAAGAGGAACACCGAGUUACAGCCAGGAAUACGCUCCUCCUCCACCUUACAGUGAGAUGGUGGUGAAACCCGACUAUCCUCACGAUCCUCCUCCAUCGUACACAGAAUCCCUCAGUCCUGCGUUCAUCUCCUCCAACCCGGCCUGGGUCGCUCCGUCCGCUCCAGCGCCGCCACAGUAAGAGAAGAGAGUGAGGAACUGUGCAACGGAAAGCUGAACAUGUCUUUCCUUCCAACACAACCACGGACUAGUCACACAGAAUAAAAGGCACAGCUGCUAUUUUUCUACCUGGAAUCCUGUAGAUAUUUGUAAUAUGUGUAAAUAUAGCCAUUUUUCAGUUUUGUAGAUGAGCAGAAAACAUGUAUAUAAUUGCCUAAAAUUCACAAACUGUGAUGACUGAUGCACAUCAUUUAAGUUAUUCCACAGAGAAAGCACUUUGGAAUGAAAGAGCAUGACUCUCAUAUAUUAAAUAAAUAAAUGUUAGAUGUUAAGAAUUUACGGAAAGAAAUCUGGAAUCGAAUCAUUCUGUAUUCACACUGUGAGGCUAAUAAAAGCCUCGGAAAUCUUUUACAUAAAUAAAUACUCAAAUCUUCAAACCGCAUUUUUGCUUCCAAUAAUGUCACAUUUCUACUCUAUCGAUCCUGUGAGACAGCAGCCAUAGACUUUAUUCACCGAAAUAAUAAGAACUAUAACAUCUCCACCUUCAAUCUGUAGGAGGCGGGGUCUAGGGGGGUGGAGCCAGAAGGUAUGAAUCUCUUAUACAAGAUGGUGACCACUGUAAGAUCUACUACUUAUGUCUUCUACACCAACCUAACAGCUUGGUGCAGAUGUUUCUGGAAAUGAUUUUGGGAAGGUGACACUAUUUUUUAAGACAUCAGCCUGAAUGAAUAUAUUCAAGACACAGGUAAAUAUUUUAAGGCCAAAGAUUCAGUAUCAAUUAAAUGAAUGCCAUAAAUGAUUGAUGACACAAAAAUCUCCAAAAUGUUUACUCACAGGCUUAAUAUAGUAGCUGAUGGAUAUAAGAAGCUUAAUUUGUAUAUUAUGUAUUAAUAUAUAUUCUACAGAAUCCUUAAUAUGUCCUUGAUGUAUUAUCUCAUUAUAUUAUCUCAUGUCCUCAUGACAUUAUCUUGUGGCUUUAAUAUGCUACCUCAUGUCCUCACUCCAUUCUCUAGUGGUCUCAAUAAACAUCUCAU